UCUGGCAGCAGCAUCCUGUCACAAGUUUGCCGUUCAAGGAGGAACUGCUGCUUCAGACGCAUCGUACCGUACAAAUAUGUCGAGCUCACUGGUGGUGUGUGAGGUGGAUUCAAGCCUGCAGGAAAAACUGAAGAAGUUCCGAUUCAGGAAGGAAACCACCAACGCUGCCAUCUUAAUGAAGAUAGACAUGGAGAAGCAGCUGGUCAUCCUGGAGGAGGAGUACGAGGACAUUUCACUGGAUGAUCUGAGGGAGGAACUUCCAGAGCGCCAGCCUAGAUUUAUCGUGUACAGCUACAAGCUAACACACUCGGACGGGCGAGUGUCCUACCCACUCUGCUUCAUUUUCUCCAGCCCUGUGGGCUGUAAACCAGAGCAGCAGAUGAUGUACGCCGGCAGCAAAAACAGACUCGUCCAAUCAGCUGAACUCACCAAGAUCUUCGAGGUUCGGAACGCAGACGACCUCUCUGAGCAGUGGCUGAAAGAGAAGUUAUCUUUCUUUCGCUGAGACAGAUCGCAGCGCAUCCACACUGAUCCGGGACCUGUGGAGAACCUGACUGUGUAAUGAAGCUGGUCUGGAGAAAAGCUGAUUUCAGAUCAGUGGAGAGAAGUUUGAUUUGCAGUUUUAUGUUUUUCUGUUUUUGUUGUUUUGUGAUGCAGUUCAGAUUUAUUUCAGCUUGUAGAAUCAAAAGCAGAUAAAAAUUUAAUAUUCUGUAUUUCUAAAUUAUAUUUUAUUGCACUAUUAAUUUGAUACACAACAACAUUUUCUCAGCUGCCUGUAUUAGAAGUGUAAUGAAACUGAAAUGUUAUGGUACAAAAAGUGUGAAAAUAAAUGAUGAAUGUUCUUCGUCUAUAA